GCGAGGAAUACUCAACUGUACUUAUUGGAGGGAUUUAAAAAUGUUUAAUUUGUUCUGAAAAGUCAAUAUAUAUAUUUCCGGGUCGUCUAAAGUGCAAUGAAACGGAAUUGCAAUUCGAGGGGGUCGGCUCUCUGCAGGCGGGGGCGGCGCGUGAACCGCGGUUAGCGCGGCCUCGGAACAUUCCGGAGCGGGCAGCCUGGGCACCGGCCGGGAUGUUGCGGCAGGGUAACGGCAGCGGGAAUAAGCGUUCCAUCGGCGUGGGCCGUCUUCCUGGCCCGCAUCUCCUCCCCUCGUUGGGCGGCUCGGGAACCUGGGGCACAGGCCGCCCCACCAAGAGGAACUCCCUGGGCGCCGCAGGCUCCCGGUCAGGCAGCGCGGACAGCCACGGGGCUGACCCGGAAUACAUCAUGCAGCUGGUCAACGACGUCCGCAAGUUCGCCGACGUUCUGCUGCGGCUGAAGGAGGCUUUCCACUCCAAAGAAACCCAGGACUGUUUACCCCAGACGGUACAGGAGAGGCUGGGGGAGCUACUCCGCGCACUGAAGGCCGUCAUCGGGAAACACCAGGUCCUCAACUCCGUGGACGUACUCAGCACUGCCGGCACUGUCAUCGCCAAGGUCAAAGGCGUGAACUUCAAGGAAGUAAACGAGGAAAACAGGCGUCACAUUUUCGCUGAGAUACACAGCUCUAUCGACACUUUGGCAUUCACGUUUGGCAAUGUAGUGUCAGACUUCCUUAUGGGAGAUGUGGACAGCGAAACGGUGUUGGGGCUCCCCCAGACAAGGAGAAGCCGGUCUUUUGAGAACUUAUCAUUGGAGUCUGGUGGCUCGCUCCUGGAGAAAGAUGACCCACCAGGGCCACUGCCACAGGUGGAAGAUGUGGACUGCACCCUGCUGAGGAGCGACAGCGGUGUGGAGUCAGCACUACACUACGCCAAGGCCUGGUCCAAGUACACCAAAGACGUGCUGGCAUGGGUGGACAAACGGCUGAGCCUGGAUGUUGAAAGUGCAAAAAGCUUUGCGAAAAUGGCUGAAUCUGCAAGAACGCUUGCCAGUCAACAGGUAAAUGAAUACAUGCCAUUCAGGGAUAUUUAUAUCUCUGCCUUCAAAAAUGACAUUGAAUACAGCCAAGUCCUGCUUCAGACAGCAGCUGCUCUGCAGACCAACAAAUUCAUGCAGCCUCUGCUGGCUCGGAAGAAUGAGCUGGAUAAGCUGCGGAAGGAGUUGAAGGAGCAGUGGCAGCGGGAGCAGAAGAAGAUGCAAGAGGCGGACGGAGCCCUGCGGAAGGCCCGGAUCCUGCAGGCCCAGAGGAGGGAGGAGUACGACAAGGCCCGCUGCUCCACCAGCCGAGUGGAGGAGGAGCAGCUGGCCGGCGGGGGCAAGCAGCUGGAGAAGAAGAGGAGGCUGGAGGACGAGGCGUUGCAGAAGGCAGAGGAGGCUAAUGACCAGUACAAAGCCUGCAUCGCUGACUUCCGGCUCAAGCGUGUCGACCUGGACAAGGCUAAAAGCGAGAUCUUGGCACGUAUCCGGGAGCUGGUCUUCCAGUGUGACUUGACUCUGAAAGCCGUAACGGUAAACUGGUUCCAGCUCCAGCAGACACAGGUGGUCUCUCUGCCAGUGAACUACCAGGGCCUGUGUGAGAGCGCCAAGUUUUACGAGCCAGGACAUCAGUACUCCGAGUUUGUCAGGACCCUGCCCAAAGACAUGAGUCCGGUGGAUAUGCUUUCGUUUGACCUCUACGGGCCUCCAAAUUCAGGGUUUCCAUUCACAAAGAGGUCGACGGGCAGCACCCACUCUUCCCACGGGAACUUGUCACAGGUGUCCGUGACCUUGGGUGACUUCCACAGCACCGACGAGGUUGAGAGUCCAGUGCACAUGCGGGCGGCGAAGAUUGGAGACCGGCGCUCAAACAGCAGCACAGAUAUCCCAGUGUCGAAGACCCAAGGCCCCCUCCGAGCGUGGGGCACGGGUAGCCAGGGCGGGGGGAUGUGCAGCGAUUCGGAGAGCGCCGGGGGGAGUAGUGAAUCCCGCUCCAUGGACUCCCCCACCGCCAGUCCAGGUACAGGUGAUUUUAAGAGACGACUCCCUAGGACGCCUUCUACGGGCACCAUGUCCUCUGCAGACGACCUGGACGAGAGAGAGCCCCCGUCCCCUUCAGACAACGGCCUGGGUGAGAUGGUGACCGAGACGACGAGCUCCCCCGGACCCUUCCGGAAUGCGCAGAUGUCCAAGGCGGCUCAGACCCACAAGCUGCGGAAACUGCGCGCCCCGUCAAAGUGCCGGGAGUGCGACGGCCUGGUGGUAUUCCACGGAGCGGACUGUGAGGAGUGCUCUUUGGCAUGCCACAAAAAGUGUCUGGAGACGCUGGCUAUUCAGUGCGGUCAUAAGAAACUCCAUGGAAAGCUUCAUCUCUUUGGGAUUGACUUCACCCAGGCUGGCAAAAACAGCCCUGAUGGAAUACCCUUCAUCAUCAAAAAGUGCAUCUCGGAGAUCGAAAACCGGGCCCUAACUAUCAAGGGUAUCUAUCGUGUGAAUGGAGCCAAAUCCCGAGUUGAGAAGCUUUGCCAGGCUUUCGAAAAUGGGAAGGACCUGGUGGAGCUCUCUGACCACUUCCCCCAUGACAUCAGCAACGUACUCAAACUGUACCUCCGACAGCUACCCGAACCUCUGAUCUUGUUCCGUUACUAUAACGACUACAUCGGCCUGGUGAAGGAGAGCCAGUGCGCCAUCAUGGACGAGGUGGACGCAGCGCGGAAAAGCCCGGCCUCCGAGCAGCCCACACUCAGCGUGGAGCUCAACCGCGUGAUCCUAAAGCUCAGAGACCUGCUCCGGCAGCUGCCCUCCACCCACUACAGAACCCUGCAGUUCCUCCUACAACACCUGUACAGAGUGACGGAAAACGCAGACGAGAACAAAAUGACGGCGAGCAACCUGGGCAUCAUCUUCGGGCCGACGCUGAUCAAGCCCCGGCAGACCGAGGCCGAGGUGUCCCUGUCCUCCCUGGUGGACUACCCCUUCCAGGCGCUGAUCGUGGAGCUGCUGAUCCGCCACUUCCACAAGAUCUUUGACGCACCCCUCAGCCCCUCCACGGCCGGGCCCCCGGCCGGGGAGGGCUCCCCCCUGCCCAUGAAGGGAGUGGUCGCCCGUCUGACCGCCGUGGAGAAGGCGCAGAGGCUCAGCCGCCACUCCAAGUCCCUCGGCGACUUCAAGGAGCAGAGUGCUAAAGUCUACAAAAGGCACUCCUCUGUGAUCCCUUCCACACACCUGCAGUGUGAAGUGAAGGCACCAAAAGCCAAGCCAGACGGGACCGAGUUUGAAAAUGCCGCGGCUCAGAACUCCGAGAAACUCAACGGCCUCCCAUCGUCCGACCCGCCGGAGAUGCAGAGAUCCACGCUGGUGAUCAAUCGGCCCUACAUCAGCACGACCAAAGUCCAACUGCGGCCGCCGCGGGGAAAACUGGCGUCCCGUCCCAUCAGCAUGCCCACCGGCCCCGCCCAGCUCAGCGAGCGCAACUCCCGCAACUCUUCUGAGCGCGAGCGUAACCCCGCCAUUGAGGAGGGGGCCGAGCCAGAGCGGCCUGUAACCAGGGCAGGCGGAAACUACCGGAACACAUACAUCGACACACAGACUCUGCGCCGGACAUGGGACAAGCAGUACAAACACUUUGACGUAACCCCGAGGACCGCUAUGAUCUUGGCAAACACGCCCUCUGCCUCCGUAGCGGGGGACUCUGGGACUUCUGCCGCUGGGGCCCCAGGGAGCAGCACAGUCAGUACCGUCAGCACAGUAAGCACCCUCUUCCCCAAUGCCCCUUACACGGUCUCCAUAAGGCCCGGGAGGUCAUUGAGAAGGGAAGACAACGUCAGCGAAUCCAUGGCCCCUCCCCCUACCUUCAGGGCACCACGUACCUUGCAACCCCCACCCGGAACUUUCUACAAACCGCCCUCCAGUGGCAGGGCGAAGCUGUCUGCCGCCUCGGGAGCCAAGCCGAGCGCCUCGGCUGACUGUAGCGCAGAGACCGGGCCCGGGGCAGUGCAGUACACGGACAGCAGCUUGGAAUGUGAGGCCCCGCCCACCGAGUCCCUCCCCUCGCCCGCCGCCUCCGUCUCCCCGCCCCUGUCUCCCAGCAACAGCCCCGAGAACCUCAGUCCCACCGAAGCGAAACCGGUUUACCAGCGCCUCCGGCCCCGUCGCCUGCAGGAGUUCGAGCACAGGGAAGCACAUUUUGUAUGACCCUCACACAAACUCAAAAGUUGCAAAUAUUUUUAUACGUAUAUAUCUUUAUAUAAAUUCAACUUUUGUGCCAUAUUGUAUAUUGGGGGGGGGGAAGAUGUGUCAUUUGGGGGGGAAAACAUUUUCAAGAGCUGUGAAAAAUGACCACAGAAGUGUUAUGCUCAUUAAUAUAUUCCUUGUUUCCUGUUUGUGAUGUCACAUUUUGAGCUCGAAGGAAUAUUUGAUCCCAAAUUUAUGCACUUACUUGGAAAAGUGUGUAUUUAUUAGAUAUUUAACUCAUUAGUGACUGUUGCUUUAUUAAAGUAAUAAGAACUAGACCCUAUAAUAUUCUGAAUUUACAUCAACAAUUAUUGUCAUAUCUCUUGAAAAUAAAGUGCUUUUUUUGUAAA